AUGGCGGAAGUGGUAGGCACGGUCGCUGCUGUCGUCCAGUUCGUGGACGUAGCUCUUCGUCUUUCAUCUUGUCUAGAACGUUUCUGCUCAGACGUGCGCAACGUGCCGCGUCGUUUUCUUCAGCUGCAGAUCGACCUACGUCAACAAAUCGAGAUUGCGCAGCACAUACAGAAUGAUCAUGUACCCGGGUUUGCGACAACAAUAUCGUCCUCGACGCUUGACGCGCCCCUACUCGAGUACAUCAAUCUUUCUGACGAGUUAAGCAAGAUGUUGGAAGGACUGCUCGCUCAAGGAAGAAGUGGCAAACAUUUGCGAUCGACUGGAACAAAGGGAAGCAUCUUCUCCAUCUGGUUGAGCGCAGCGAAUAUCAAGCUGUCGUCAGAAACUGCGGCGACUACCGAUAGAGUGAGACUCGAGGUUGGAGAGACAUUGACUCUAGUGAAGACAGUCGACAAGACAUUGAGCACAACUGAACACAGUGCAGCACAGCUACUACCUCACGUCGAACAGAUCGACCGAAACGUAUCGGCUACCUCCGAAAAAGCCGAACGAAUGAUACAAGACCUCCAGUAUCUGAAGUCUCAGUCUACGAGUCUUUUGACAGAUCGGGGUGUGAGUAUAACAGCACAGGAGUCAAGCCGUCAGAUGACGGCAAUGAUUCGCUCAAACACCGAGCAAAUACUUCAGGCCAUCGAGAAGCUGGGCUCCGAUUUGAACAGAAUCUCAGAACAGAGCCUUGAGAUCACCAUGCAACUCGUCCCUCCGUCCUGGCUACUUCCUUAUGCUAUCAACAUCGGCACUCACACCAUCACGCGCAUAUUCGUUCGCUUCCCCGCGAUCUUCUCACGCCCUGGAAAUGAAUAUAUCAGCCUCAUUCGGUUCUUGCUAGAGAGUGGUGCCGAUCCCAAUAUUUUGAGGACCUCGUCCACGAAUAGGAAUGAUCUGUUAGAGUUCGGCGACGUCGAAGGCACUACAUGCGACUUACUUACAAGACCUAUCGCGUUUCGGACAUCGACAUCAACGUCUGCUGGUUUGUCAGAGCUUCUGAGUAUUCUCGAACUGAUUACAGAUGCUGGGGGUCACACUUCGAAACCCUUCGCAUAUGAGGACAUACACCCAGCCUACAGAUGCGUCAAUCUUUGUCAGGAGACCCAGUACCUGAAGUACUUUGAGGAUCAAAUUGAUAUGUGGGACCUUGGCGAUCUUGUACCGAUGAUCCUACAGCGACAAGAGGACCAAUUUCAGCGGGUCGUACAAAAAGCUAAAUUAUCAACUCUGAAUCAUGGGUCUUCUGUCAACGGGCUUGCUCCGAUUCAUUUCGCAGUCUUAUGGCCGACAGGGCUGAGAAUUCUGCUUAGCAGAGGUGUAUAUGUGAAUCCCGAAGAUACGUACGGCCGACAGCCUAUACAUCUUGCCGUGGCGCUAGGCAUAUCCGAAUCCGUUCGAUACUUGCUCAGCGCUGACUGUGGACUCUUUACUCCACCGCACGACCGUAGCUUGUUCCAGUAUGCAUUGGUGUUGCCGAGUCCGCAACGGUCAGAGAUCUUGCACUUGCUAAUCCCCGCGCUCAUCGAACGUCACACCCGCCUCAUGGAUAUGGCAGAUAUGUUCUUGCCGUUCUCCAUCCUUUCCAAGCUGGAACUGGCAUCUGGGCAGCGAAAUGAACAAAGUGCACCAUCGAUAAUAGAGGCGUUAAUAUCGCACGGUGUCGAUGUUCCUCAGGCUUUAGAUCUAGAUGGAAAGAGCUUUUACAACUUUUCAGACAUGAAGGAGAACAUACAGCUGGUACCUGAAACUGCAAAUGCAUUGUGGAAUGCAGGAUUCCAGAAUAUUGAUACGCCUGACCAAAAUGGUAUGACACCGUACCUGCAAAGUUGGUUUUGCGCCAAUUUUGAAAUGGUAGAUUGGUUCAUACAAAGAGGGGUGUCCAUAAGUUCGCAACAUAGAGACGCCCCUCUGACUGCGCUACACGUUUAUGCAAAGAGGCUGGAAUAUCCGGGUGGAGCCUUCGCAUACAACAUCGACGCAGUACCCACGGAUCCAUACUAUAUGGAAGUAAUUCAAAAGCACCUAGAGAUACCAUAUGACGACUGCAUAUGCGAGUGUUCUCUUGGAGGGUGCUCACCUGUCAAGUUCUUCCUUGGAGGCCAUGAUUACCUAUUUGGGUUCACGCGAGGAGAGCAAAUUCGGAAAUGGAUCGAGAAUGUUAAUCCACCGGCACCACUACUACGACAGUACAUCUAUGAAUGCACACGAUUCAUAUUGUUCGAGUUCUUGGGCGGAGAGCAUACUUGCUGCUCUCUUGGGCAAAAGUGUUCUGUGGAACACAACGUACCUCAAGAAAAGCCUAUUCGGAACAGAUGGAUGGAGCGAGUCGACAACAUUCACGAGCAGUUGAAUGACCACCACAAGCUCUGCGAGAACAAAAUACCGACACCUCAGCGCAAGAGUUUGCAAGCCUUGAAAGACCUAGACUUCUUUCAAGCGACUUUAGACUCUGCGAUGUCGCAUUACGACGAAAUGGACCGGCCUGAUACGAUGCCAGUCGAGACACAGGUGUUCCAGUAUAUCAACUGGCUUCUAGCGGAAAGACACUUGGAAGUCGAUGUGAGCUACGACUGUCAACACGACUUAAGCUGA